AUGCCGGUCGUUCUGCGUUGCAAGCUCGUACUAAUGUCGUUGGCUUGCCCGAUGGAUUUCAUUGAGUCGCCGGACGCUUCUGAGCCCAGUGCUAAGCAUCGUUCUUUGUUCUUCGAGUUGUCGACUCGUGUGGAUAUUGUUAAAUUUUCGAUCUCGCAGCCGGCCUGGACCACGCAGGCUCGCAUUUACUUUACUUACCAUGAACGCUCCUUGAAUGUCGCUUUGCGAUGCACAAUGUCGUCUGCGACUCUCACCACCGACACUGAUUUGAUGAAAUUGGCUCCGGAAUAUUCGAUGCUUGCCGCCAAUCCGUCGACUCUAUCGUGGCGAACUAAGGGAGCGACAGUGAAUGCUGCCUUCUUCAUUGCGGAUACUGAAAGUGAAGCGCGCGCGCGCCUCAAAUACGUUCAAGUACCCGUGGCCGUCGUCGACACCACUAUGUCUUGGGUCAAGGCUUGGCUUUGGGUGGAUUUAGCGGUGCAGAUCGAGCCAAGUUUUUGGGACUCAUCUAUUAAUGAAUAGCACAGGAGUUUCUAG